AUGCCGAUGAACUUUAAGGUGACGUUCGCGAAUGGCACAUCCAUGAAGCUCAUGGGGCUACCGGACGACAUCACGCUGGAUGGUCUGCGCGCCCAUCUAUUUGAGAAGACGUCCAUCCCGCCGCAGGACCAGCACGGCAAGUGCUUGAUGACGGGGUAUCCUCCCAAGAUGAUCGAGGGAUCAGGGGAGAGUACAUUGACGUCUUUGGGUGUUCGGACGGGCUCGGUACUGGUACUCAAGGAGGCACCAGAGAACAGCACUGCACAACCUAAGGCCAAGUCGGUCUUUAUACGGCGUGUUAUGCCGGCAGACAACAGCUGUCUGUUUCAUUCGAUCGGAUAUGCUCUCGGGAAGGGAAGAGAAGGCAAUGGCCCCGGGAUGCGGCAACUAAUCAAGGACACAAUCCUCGCAGACCCCGAAAAAUACUCGGAGGUGUUUCUAGGACGCCCUGUGUACGAAUAUUGCGCGUGGAUCAUGGACGACAAGUCGUGGGGUGGAGAGAUCGAGCUGUCCAUUCUAUCGAUAUACUACAAAGUGGAGAUGGUGGUCUUCGACGUCACGAGCAUGAGUCGCUUGUGCUAUGGCGAGGACCAAGGCUUCACUCAGCGUCUGUUCCUACUCUACGACGGAAUCCACUACGACCUGGUUGUUGAGGCCCCUUCUGCCACGGCUUCCGAGAGUCAGGACGUGACUCUCUUUGCGAUUAACGAUUUCUCCAAGGUUGAACAAGCGAGCGAAGUCGCGGUGGAAGCUCAUCAGAAGCACGAGUUCACCGACGUCAGUCGCUUCAGCACCAUGUGCUUGGUGUGCAGAAGUACCUUUGUUGGACAGGUGAGCUGUCCCUGA